CUUGCCCCUGCAGGGAGUGCUCGGUGCCCCCUCCCUAUGCCACCUCUGCGAUGCCCCUGUCCCGCUGGCUGAGAUCUGCGGGGGCCUUCCUGCUGCCAGCCCCCUGCUGGGUGCCCAGGGAGAGGUGGCUGGGUUCCCUGCAGCGGCACGGGCAGCCCUCCCUGGUGUACGGGUGCCCAGUCCUGGGGGUCUGGCACGGUGCCCGCCGCUGGUGCCAAGCGUGUACAGAGGCGCCUCGAGCACUUUGCUCCUCCCUCAGAAUGAAUGGAGACAAGAAAUCUGAUGUUUAUGCCCAAGAAAAGCAGAAUUUCAUCCAACACUUCUCCCAGAUUGUCAAGAUGCUGACCGAGGAUGAGAUGGGGCAUCCAGAGACAGGAGAUGCUAUUGCCCGGCUCAAGGAGAUCCUGGAGUACAAUGUCAUUGGAGGCAAGUACAACCGGGGUUUGACGGUGCUGGCAGUGUUCCAGGAGCUGGAGGAACCAAAGAAGCAGGAUGCUGAUAGCCUCCAGCGGGCCCUGACUGUGGGCUGGUGUGUGGAACUGCUCCAAGCAUUUUUCCUGGUAUCAGAUGACAUUAUGGAUUCAUCCCUCACCCGACGGGGACAGCUCUGUUGGUAUCAGAAGCCAGGCAUAGGUUUGGAUGCCAUUAAUGAUGCCAUACUGCUGGAAGCGUGUAUCUACCGCCUGCUGAAGCUCUAUUGCCGGGAGCAGCCCUAUUAUCUGAACCUGAUCGAGCUGUUCCUGCAGAUUUCCUAUCAGACUGAGAUUGGGCAGACGUUGGACCUCAUCACAGCCCCCCAGGGCAAUGUGGAUCUUGGCAGAUUCACUGAAAAGAGGUACAAAUCCAUUGUCAAGUACAAGACAGCUUUCUACUCCUUCUACCUUCCUGUAGCUGCUGCCAUGUAUAUGGUGGGCAUUGAUGGGGAGAAAGAGCAUGCCAAUGCUGAGAAGAUCCUGCUGGAGAUGGGAGAGUUCUUUCAGAUUCAGGACGAUUACCUUGACCUUUUUGGGGACCCCAAUGUGACAGGCAAGAUUGGCACUGACAUCCAAGACAACAAGUGCAGUUGGCUGGUGGUUCAGUGUCUGCAACGGGCCUCUCCGGAACAGCGCCAGAUCCUGCAGGAGAAUUACGGGCAGAAGGAGGCUGAGAAGGUGGCCCGAGUGAAGGCGCUGUACGAGGAGAUGGAGCUGCCAGCUGCCUUUACGCAGUACGAGGAAGACAGUUACAGCCGCCUUCUGGGUCUCAUCGAGCAGUACUCUGAGCCCCUGCCCCCGGCUAUCUUCUUGGGGCUGGCGCACAAGAUCUACAAGCGGAAAAAGUGACCCAAGAGACUCGAGGGCUGGAAGGGGAGGCUUUUAAUAAAUUAGUCUAAACUUCC